GAUCAACCCAAGUCCUCUGUAUCGUCUCUGACAGAUCUCUGACAGUAACAUACACUUCCAUUGGAGAAGCGCAAUUUCACCAUCGAGAACAGCUUUUUCGACAUCACGAGCUGUCGCAAGAACAUUUUCGCUCGAGAGCAGACUCACAAUGGGCUCUCCAUGGAGCUCAUUAGUAGCAUCUAUAGGACAACAGUCCCGCCACGAAUCAUCGAACUCGAACACAGGUCAAAAUCAAGACAACUCUACCACUUACGACACAAAUCGUGCAAAAGCAGGAUUCGAACAAAUGCGUGCCAGCCAAGAUCCCAACCUCACGACAGAGCAACGCAUCGACGCCGAAAUGGCAGCUCUUGACACUAUUCUCUCUUCGAAAUUCAGCUCAGAGAAUGGAUUCUUCCUUGUUAAAGACAUCAAGAGGACAAGGCAGUUGUUGACGAAAAGCGGUCACGUGGUACCGGAUACUCACGUGCGUCUUAAUGCUGCCAGAAUGGUUGGGCAAGGACACCUCAGGGCGGUUCAUUUAUAUGCGCAUCCGUACAAGGAUUUGACUAUUGAAGAUGUCAUGUUGUGUUUGAUUGCGGAGGCGCGAGCGAUGGAGGCGAAAGAGGAACAAGGGGUUUUUACGGCUGCGAGUUUGGGCUUUGAGGUCACGUUUGGUCAAUUCGAUGGAACUCCUGUUGGUCACCCUAGUCCUCCUGGUUCGUAGAUGGGUUGGAAUAUCAAAAGGAGAUCCAUAGGGUUUGGAUGUUGAGAAGGCGAUUUUUGAAUUGCGACCUGGUAUAAUACUGUCUGCGUGAAAAAGGGUGUCGUCUGCUCUGCGUUUAGAUUGAACCUUAGGAACUAUAGCAACUUGUUGCUUACAUGACUCGACUCGCCGAAUUGACCUCGCAGUCUCUCGUGAAAGAGGUAAAUGGAGUCAAUUCUCUCUUUCUCGAGUGCCACACCGACAUAACUGAUAUGAAAAUUGCCGUGGGGAAAGUGAUGGAGUGAUUAUUUAGUAUCUCUCGCAAAUUAAUAUACUCGUACUUAUUGUCG